UCUCAGGGCUGUCAUGUGUAGAUGUCUCAGACUCCUCGGCGUCGAUCUGAGGAGGAGUACACUUGUAUGAGAGGAAAAGGAGAGCUCUGUAUUAUUCAGUGCAUCGCUGUGUGGCAUAGCAUGGAGCUUUCCGUAGCUUGUGUUCUUACGCCAGUUUAAGCGCUGAGUGUAGUUUACUAAGUGCGUCCACAUCGCCGUACUUCAUACUGGUGACAACGAGAGAAGUAAACCAAAGAAAACAGAACCAGAGUUGACAAGACAUUUUCCAGAGCCAGGAGUUUGUGGAAACAGGAUGGAGGAGAGCCCUGUAUCUCUAACACACUAGAUCCUUCACUGUUCCAGCCAUCACUGCCUCACACCGGCCCUGCGUUCCUCAAGACUACUGAUUUAUUUGAAAUGAUUGAGAAAAUGCAGAGCAACAGAAUGGACGAGCAACGAUGCACUCUUCCUCCUCCUCUCAAAACCGAGGAAGACUACAUCCCUUACCCCAGCGUCCAUGAGGUUCUCGGCAGAAGGAGUCCAUUUCCCUUGAUUCUGCUGCCCCAGUUCGGGGGUUAUUGGAUUGAAGGGACCAAUCACGAGCUGAGCAAUGGGAUUGACCUGGACCAGCUCCUGUCUCCCAACUCACGCUUCAAACUGGAGUGCAACACCACUGCUAAGAUCUACAGGAAGCAUUUUCUGGGCAAAGAACACUUUAAUUACUAUACAGUGGACAGUGCCCUGGGCCACCUGGUGUUCUCCAUGAAAUAUGAUGUUAUCGGGGACCAAGAGCAUCUCCGUCUCAUGCUCAGAACAAAAAUGAAAACAUAUCACGACGUGAUUCCAAUAUCUUGUCUGACCGAAUUCCCUAACAUUGUCCAGAUGGCCAAGCUCGUCUGUGAAGAGGUGAACGUGGACCGAUUUUUCCCGGUGCUUUACCCAAAGGCCUCCAGGCUCAUCGUCACUUUCGACGAACACGUCAUAAGCAACAACUUCAAGUUUGGAGUCAUUUAUCAGAGGUUUGGACAGACCUCAGAGGAGGAGUUGUUUGGGAAUAACGAGGAGAGUCCUGCUUUUAUGGAGUUUUUAGAGUUUCUGGGACAGAAAAUCGAGCUCCAUGACUUCAAAGGGUUCCGUGGAGGACUGGACGUGACACACGGACAGACAGGCUCUGAAUCUGUGUACCACAAUUUCCACAACAAGGAGAUCAUGUUCCACGUGUCAACUAAGCUGCCUUACACAGAGGGCGAUACACAGCAGCUUCAAAGGAAGAGGCAUAUAGGAAAUGACAUUGUGGCCAUCGUGUUUCAAGACGAGAACACUCCGUUUGUGCCAGAUAUGAUUGCCUCCAACUUCCUACAUGCCUAUGUAGUGGUGCAAGUUGAAAAUGCCUGUUCUGACAACGUCCUGUACAAGGUGUCAGUAACAGCGAGAGAUGACGUCCCCUUCUUUGGACCACCCCUACCCAACCCAGCUGUUUUUAAGAAAGGCCCAGAGUUUCGUGAAUUCUUGCUUACCAAGCUAAUCAAUGCUGAAUACGCCUGUUACAAAGCUGAAAAAUUUGCCAAAUUAGAGGAGCGUACCCGGUCUGCUCUGCUGGAGACGCUGUAUGAGGAGCUGCACAUCAACAGUCAGGCUAUGAUGGGGCUGGGAGGAGAGGAAGACAAACUGGAGAAUGGAGGAGGAGGGGGAGGGGGCUUCUUUGAGUCUUUCAAGCGGGUGAUCCGCAGCAGGAGCCAGUCUCUGGACACCAUGGGCCUCAAUAUCAGGAAGUACACAGUCUCCAAUAGUCACAGCGGCAGUUUCACCCAAAACAACAACAACCACCACUCACCAGAGACCCCCAAACCCCCUGGGAUAUCAUUGCUUGUCCCAGGCAAAAGUCCCAGUAAAUAUGGACGGCGUGGCAGUGCCAUAGGAAUAGGAACCAUAGAAGAGUCUUUGAUCAUUCCUGGAAAAAGCCCAACUAGGAAAAAGUCAGGACCUUUCAGCUCUCGACGUAGCAGUGCAAUCGGUAUCGAGAACAUUCAGGAGGUCCAGGAGAAGAGCAGUAGAGAGUGCUCUCCCAGCACACAGAAGACACCUGACAGUGGCCACGCCUCCCAGGAUCCCAAGUCUGAAAACUCCUCCAAUCAGAGCUCUCCUGAGGUCCUCAUCACCAAGAACAACUCAAGUAUCUACUGCCGGGCUCCGUCCAUUCCCGAGGCUCAUGACCUGUCCCGCUCCUCCUCUAACGCCAGCAGCUUUGCCAGUGUGGUAGAGGAGAAUGAAACAGAGGCCACAGAGGACUAUGACACUGGCAUGGAGAGUCUGUCAUCAGCAGAUACUCCUCAUAAACGAGAUUCGUUCACGUACAGCACAUGGCUGGAGGACAGCAUGAGCGCUGCCAGUACAACCAGCAGGGGGAGCUCUCCCGCCGGGAAAACAGAUGGUGGAAAGAACCAGGAGCAGAACCGUACAGACAUCCGCAUCAAACUUGAGCGACCGCAUGACCACAAGUCUGCAUCUAAUUGCUAGCCUUUCCUGGUUGCCUGCCUGGACAUCCAUCAACAGCAUUUCCAUUAGAAACACCUAAGAGAGAAAAGGAGAACUGGAGUUCAUGCCGUUACUUGAUGAAGAAGAGGAUGAAGACCACAGCUGGCUGCAGAAGUGACCACAUGUACAUGCCCCAGAACCACAGUCAUGUGACCAUACCUCCAUCAGGACACUCACUUCCCUCGCAGACUUGACCAGAAAGAGGAAGGAGUUACUUACAGGUAGCCAGAGACCGUGCAUUGGCCCUCCUCCAGGCUUGUCCUCCUUCUUGUGAGUACAUCAGUAAAUGAGUGAGAACCUCCUCUGUAGCAGCAUCUACUGACAUGCCACUGUGCUAGUGAGUGGCUAGACUAGCAGGUUAUUUGAGGUCCUAACACUGUGCUGAAAUUCAAUUUUGUGAAGUUUGUCUCCUGAAGAACAUUUCAUCUGCUUGCAUGAUGAAAGCUUUUGAGCCCUGUCCCAAAUGGUGGACUCUGCAACAGGCAUAGAACAUCCUUCUGAAACCUAAAAUGACAAAUGGGAGGCGCUAUGGACUUUGCUGCAAGUACAGUACACAUCAAAUGUGCUAUUUAGGACAGGGCCAUAGAGACCAAACCAUUUCUCAUGUUCUGAUAUUGAUGUUCUGUAUGUUCAGAUUUCAGGUGUGAAAACCCUUCGUCUGAUGUUCAUUGCAGCUGUGCAAUACAUUAUUUAAGAGUAACAUCAAUCCAAAAGUUCAAAGAAAAAUAAAUCUUGUGUAGCAUUACAGAUAACCGCUGCUAAUUCCAUGUUAUGGCCAAUAUUCAAAUUCUGUACUAUUUUAUGAAGAAAUAAACACAAAUGAACUUUAAACGCCAAGUGAAUUAAGGUGUCACAGCAUUGCAAUAUGCAGAGUUAAAAUAGUGUG